CACACAGUCAGUGACACAACACAACAUCAGCCCUGAGCUCUCGCAGCAUCCGCAUCUCACGGCCGAGAGGACCAAGGAGCACAUCUUCAUCCCAGCAUCCAUUCCAAAACUGCCUGCCAUCGUCUGCGCACCGCAGACUCAAGGCGUGCUCAUCAUCAGCUCGCUUCUGUUUAUUUUUGACUCGGACUUGGAUUAUCUUCUUUGUUGCAUUGGUAUUCUACGCGAUGGUUUGAUGGUUUUUUUUAUCGCGUUUUGUGAGGAAACCAAGGAUCUAGACGAGGGACAUCACCGUUGCAUCUAGAUUUUAAAUUCUCAUUGGGCAGGAGAUCUGCAGACGCAGCUCUGACAUCCAGCAGAGACCGUACAAAGGACACCAUCUCCUCGGUUUUAGAUGCCCAGCUGCAGCCUGUAGCCCGGGACCCCCCAGCUCCCAGAAGCAUCGAGGCGCUUAGACCCCUCAGGACCCUCUCUGGUAGACGCUCCUCUGACCCAGUGCGGCUGAAGCCCCUGGACGUCCCCUCACCGUCACCAUGGGAACCGUGCUGUCUUUGUCCCCCAGCUACAGGAAGGCGGCUCUGUUCGAGGAUGGACCCGCCACGGUGGGUCACUACACCGCCGUCCAGAACAGCAAGAACGCCAAAGACAAGAACCUGAAGCGCCACUCGCUCAUCAACGUGCUGCCAUGGAAACGGAUUGUAGCGGUGUCGGCGAAGAAGAAAGGCUCCAAGAAGGUGCAGCCCAACGCCAACUACCAGAAUAAUGUCACUCAGCUGAACAACGAGAACCUGAAGAAGUCGCAGUCAUGCGCCAACCUCUCCACCUUCACCCAGGACCAGAGCACCCCAGCUCUCACCAAGAACUCCAACAACACGGUGUCGUCCGUGAAAAAGGCCCCUCUCACCAACUCCAACGUGGCCCCCGGGACCCCAAAGAGAGUUAUCGUGCAGGCCUCCACCAGUGAGCUGCUGCGCUGCCUCGGGGAGUUCCUGUGCCGGCGCUGUUACCGGCUCAAACACCUGUCACCGACUGAUCCGGUGCUGUGGCUGCGCAGCGUGGACCGCUCCCUGCUCCUCCAGGGCUGGCAGGACCAGGGCUUCAUCACACCCGCUAACGUGGUCUUCGUCUACAUGCUUUGCCGCGACGUGGUCUCCUCCGAGGUGGCCACGGAGCACGAGCUGCAGGCCGUGCUGCUCACCUGCCUCUACCUGUCUUACUCUUACAUGGGCAACGAGAUCUCCUACCCGCUCAAGCCCUUCCUGGUGGAGAGCUCCAAGGAGACUUUCUGGGACCGCUGCCUGUCCAUCAUCAACCUGAUGAGCGCCAAGAUGCUGCAGAUUAACUCGGACCCGCACUACUUCACUCAGGUGUUCGCGGACCUGAAGAACGAGAGCCAGAAGGAGGAGGAGAGGAGCCGCCUGCUCAUCGGUCUGGACCGGUGAGGGGAUG